AUGUUCGGAACUGGCGAACUUGGGAGUACUCCGUCACCGACAAACGAAGUCUUUGAUGCAACAAACGCAUCAAGACCGAGUAGUGCGGAUGGAUUCUUUACCACACCACCCAAGUCCGAUAAGGAGAACCUUGGAUACCAAGCCAGUGCACUCGAAUACACGGCUAAGAAGUGGAUCGCGGCAACACCGCCCGAAAAGAUCAACGAUCUCGACCUACUCCGAGCGAGAUGCCACAAACUGAUCACACAGAUCGUUUUGGCGGACAAAAUCGUCGACUCGGCGGAAGGAUCCCUCCGAAACUCGGAGGACACCCAUAAGCUCGAACGGAGGAAAUGGGAACGAGACAUGGCCGAUGCCAACAAGGGCAUCGCCACCCAACAACGGGAAAUCGACCGGCUCAACGCCAUAUUGAAGCGAGCUGAUUUACCGUGUCGAUACGAAGACGACCAAAUCGCCAUACUUACUGGCAUGUUGGAACGCUCAACCGCAGCCGUCUUCGAAAUCAAAAAGGAGCUUGACGAGGCGCACAAAGCGCUCGAAGAAGCAGCAGGAGCGUUUCACCAGCAACUCAACCAGGCCAACGAAGAGGCCGAAGUCUAUCGAAACGAAGUCGAUAGGUAUGUGGUGGAACUCAAGAAGGCCGAUAACGAGAUCGACCGUCUAACGCAACGAACCGACGAACUCGAGUCGGAAAUGGAACUUCUCCUUCUAGCCGACCAGGUUCACGGACUGAACCAAGUCCUCAAGGAGGAACAGAAAAUCCGAGCUCAACUGGAGUACAACCUGAACGAAGCUCGAAAGGUAAACGAGGCGCAACACAGCCGCAUCGUUUACCUGGAAGCUCGUGAAGUCGAACUAUACGACUUCGGCGAACAAGCCGCCCGCAAUCUCACAGAGAUGAUGCGGCAAAUGGACGAGAUGGACACGGAAACACGGUGUCUGAGGGAGGAGAAGAAACACCUGGAACAAAGCCAGGUCGAACUUCCCCCAUACCGGGAACAAAGCCGGGCGCCGAGACAAAAUCGAGCGCCCCCUCCACAACAGCAUGGAGGACAGCCACAACGGCCUCGUCACGAAGACCAGGCCCAGGCUCGGUAUCCGCAACAGGACGAAUACGACAGCUACGACGAAGAAGCCUAUCAACAGGGGGCAUACGAAGACCAACAAGGUCACGUACCAUAUGCCAACCCGCCACCCGCCCCGGCUGCACAACAAGCUGCGCCGGUGGCAUACCCGAUUCCCCCGGCACAGGACCCGGCACACAUUGCCUUGGACAACCCGAAUCGCCGUUGGUUCGAGGAUUGGCAUACGCGAUACCAGACGGGAGGACCGUUGGGAUCGGCCAACCCGAACUAUGCACUGGUCGUGCCGCCCCCGCGCCAACGCCAACAAGGUGGAGGCUCGGGCGGCGCCGGUAACGGAAACCGGCAGACCGGCCCAGGAAAUGGGUCGGGUGGCAACCGCAGGAAUAGCGGUGGAGGUCAACAAGGAUCUCCGGAACGGCGGCAACAGUUACCGCCACAUCAGCCUUUCGGCUUGGCGUCGCCCAACAACGGGCCAGCUCGGA